CAAGGCGCAUGCGCUCUGGAUUGUUUGGAGGCGCCAAGCUUGGACAUGUCCACAGAGUUGUGCAUUACUUUAUACUGCGGUAAAGGUUGUUUAUAUUAACUUUCAAUGUAACCACGCUUCCUUUUAUGUAAGCGUGAGUUAAACUUUACCCACAGCUAAGUGGGAUAUUUAAAAGUGUCGUCUUUAAACCUGCGUUUCCUACAUCAUUGCUGCUACUGAGGAAAGCUAGUGAACACAUGAUGAGUUCACUGACUCUGAAUGGAGUGACAGUGAAUUUCCCUUUUCCUCCUUAUGACUGUCAGAAACUCUACAUGAGCAAAGUGGUUGAAUGUCUUCAAAAGAAGGUGAAUGGAGUCCUGGAGAGUCCCACAGGCACAGGUAAAACCCUGUGCCUGUUGUGUGCCACCCUGGCCUGGAGGGAGCACUUCAAGGACACCAUCUCCGCCCGUAAGAUAUCAGAGAAGCUGAACGGGCAGGAGAUGUUCCCGAACACACCGCUGGCGUCCUGGGGAACGGCUGCUACAGACGGAGACAUACCAACUUACUACACAGACGUUCCAAAGAUCAUAUAUGCAUCCAGGACACACUCCCAGCUGGCCCAGGUGAUCAAUGAGUUAAAGAACACUUCAUACAGGCCGAAGGUGUGUGUGCUGGGAUCAAGAGAGCAGCUGUGUAUCAACCAGGAGGUGAUGCGUCAGGAGAGCAACCAUGUCAAGGUCCAUAUGUGCAGAGCAAAGGUUUCCACCAGGUCAUGUACUUUCUACAAUAAUGUUGAAGAAAAGAGCACAGACAAAGAGUUGACUAAUUCCAUCCUCGAUGUGGAAGAUUUGGUCAAAUUUGGCAACAAACAGAGAGUUUGUCCUUACUACCUCUCACGAACGUUGAAACAACAAGCAGAUGUGAUUUUCAUGCCGUAUAACUACCUGCUGGAUCCAAAGAGCCGCAGGGCGCACAACAUCGAGCUGAAAGGAGCAGUGGUCAUCUUUGAUGAGGCUCACAAUGUGGAGAAGACGUGUGAGGAGUCCACAUCCUUUGACCUGACUCCUUACGACGUAGCUUCAGCCAUCGCUGCCGUGGACCGGCUGCUGUCUGAGCAGGCUUCAUCAGUCAGCAAUACAGACUCUGUGUCAGAAGACUUCAACUUAGAGUCACUGAGCUCUGGGUUAAAAUUAGACAUAACAGCUGUCGCUAAAAUCAAGCAGAUUCUGAUCGAUCUGGAAGCUGCUAUCGAUUCCUACGAUGUUCCCGGUGACAAAGGAAUCACAAGACCAGGAAUGUUCAUCUACGAGCUGUUAGAAAAAGCCCACCUGACCUACGAUUCAAAGACGGCUGUUUAUGAAGCUCUGGAGCAGAUCAGCGGAUAUUUAGCAGGACAGCAAGGACUAUUCCUGAACAUAAGCGGACUGCAGAAGCUGUCGGAUAUCAUACAGCUGGUGUUCUGUGGUGAACCGUCAGAUCAGGACCGACAGCAGAAGAUGCAGAACAACACAGCUCAUUUCAAGGUUCAUAUCCAUAGAGACAACAGCAAUUCAAAGAAGAAGCAGAGUACUGAUGUCUGGGCUUCAGCUUCAGCUUCAUCAAAGAAACAAGGAAAUAUUUUGAGCUACUGGUGCUUCUCCCCGGGCUUCAGCAUGCAGGAUCUGAAGAAUCAGGAAGUCCGCUGCAUCAUCCUAACCAGUGGGACCCUCUCCCCUCUGAGCUCCUUCACCUCUGAAAUGAGGAUAGAGUUCCCGGUGACUCUGGAGAACGGUCAUGUGAUCGAGCGGGAUCAGAUCUUUGUGAGCAUCAUAGAUCGAGGUCCAGAUGGAGUCGAGUUAAGUUCAGCUUUCGACAGGAGGUUUGUUCCUGAAAACAUGGCGUCUUUAGGAAACACUGUCGCUAACCUGAGCCGUGUGGUUCCUCAUGGCCUCUUGGUGUUUUUUCCCUCUUUCCCUUUAAUGGAGAAAACUUUGGACUUCUGGAGAGCUAACGGACACGCAGACCGCAUUGAGAAUGUGAAGCCCAUAUUUGUCGAACCUAAAGGAAAGGGCACCUUCAAUGAGGUUAUCGAUGGAUAUUACAGCAAAGUCAACGAUCCAGCAUCCAAAGGGGGAUCUUUCUUUGCCGUGUGUCGAGGGAAGGCCAGCGAGGGUCUGGAUUUUGCGAACACCUAUGGUCGGGGUGUCAUCAUCACAGGCCUCCCGUUUCCUCCAAGGAUGGACCCUCGAGUCAUCCUGAAGAUGCAAUUCUUGGAUGAGAUGAGCCGGAAGAGAGUCCCAGGGGUGAAGUACCUCUCUGGGCAGGAGUGGUACAGGCAGCAAGCUUUCAGGGCCGUGAAUCAGGCCAUCGGUCGAGUGAUUCGCCACAAAGAGGACUACGGAGCAAUCUUCCUAUGUGAUACGAGGUUUAAGGGCACCUCUGCUCGGAAUCAGCUUCCAUCCUGGGUCAGACCUUACGUGCGUCUGUACGACAACUUCGGGAACGUGGUUCGUGACGUGUCUCAGUUCUUCAGGGUCGCACAGAAACUAAGGCCGUUUGUGGAGAAGAAGCCUCAAGCAGAGAGCUGCGGGACCUCACGGGACGCCGACACGACGCUCUCUAGUUUUACUUCUUUCUCAGCGCCCCAAAGCUCGAACGCACAGAAAGCCAAGGUGCUGGACGCUCACCUGCCAAGCCUGAAGAGGAGGAGACUCAAUGAACAGGCUGGAGGGGCGGGGAUGGCGAGGAUCUGUAUCGAGUACGAGCAGGAGGUGCAGGAGAACCACAGGAGGCCGAUGAACCUGCUGGAUGCUCUGGAGCGUGGAGAUCACUGCAGCGAUUCUGCUGCUGGAGAGAAGGCAAACUGUCUGUCUUCGCUGUCUCUGCAAUACGACAGAAGGAACGGGGACGAGCUGCGAGGAGGCAAACGAAAAAUCAAACUGGUCCAAGAGCAGAACUUGCGUGUGUCCGUGGACACAUCCGAAGAAGGUAAAGCCAGCAGGGCGAAGGGCUUCCUGGCAGAGAUGAAGAAGUCUCUGAGCCAGGUGAACUUUGACCGCAUCGUUCAGGCCCUGCAGACGUACAAAAAGACAGACGACCUGGAUCUCCUGCUGUCCGCGGCCGCCGUCCUAACUGAGGACGCUAACACUCAUAGUCUGCUCAGAGGCCUCUACCAGUUUGUUCGUCCUCAUCAUAAGAAGAAGUUUGAUGAAAGGUGUCAGGAGCUGACGGGACAAGGCUGCGGAUACAAACUCGAUCACUCCCUGACAAAGGACGUGAAGAAAGCUCUGCUGCAGAGCGCUUCAGACGGAGAACCUGCUGCAGGUCUAACAUCCUGCAGCGGGACAUCGACCUGCACGCAGCUGAACACACAACAACUCAACAAAGGAGGACAACACCUGAGCCAGCAGGGAUUAAAAGAGCCUCCGAAAGGUUCUGUUCCUAAGAGCGAGUUUCACUCCACGUUUCUGUCUGACGUGAAAAAAUCUCUGGGAGCAGAAAAGUCGACUCAGCUCUUUCAGGCCAUCCACAGCUAUAAGAAAACAGACAGCUACGAGAAUCUGGUGAGCACAGUGGUGAGCUUAUUAACGGAGAGAGACGAGGACUUCAACCUGCUCGCCAGAUUUGGUACGUUUAUUCGCCCUCAUCAUAAGAAGCAGUAUAAGGAGAUGCUUGAUUCUCUGACCGGUCACUCUGCUCCUUCUGAUGUUGCUCCUGAUGCUGCGAAUGACGAACAGCAAGGAACCGCUACGACGCCUCCUCUGAAGACACAGAGCAAGAUCUCCAGUUUCUUCUCAAACAGUCAAAGAAAGUAAAACUGUAUUUAUUUCAGAAAGUUUAACAAGUAACUGAUGACGAAACCACCAACCUGCUGACCCUGUUUGGUGCUGAAAUCUGCCUCAAAUCUGCUGCUACGUGGACAAACCCUCUGAUCUCCAGAUGUUAAACACAAACCAGAAUUUCCCUUUGAACUCGUUAGUCAUUUUUUACUCUUGGAGACGACAACACUGAGCUGUAACUACUUUGAACUGUUUUUAUUUAAUGAUGCUGCUGCUGCUUUACUUGCAACUGGACUUGCAUACUUUGGAGACAUCUGAAUAUGUGAGUCCAAGACAAAAAGACGGUAACUUGUUUGAUGUUACUUUGAAUAAAGCGCAAAGCAUUUGCUACAUGAAUUCAAUGUGAAAAAUAA